AUGCUCGAUUUCAACAACGAAGAGGAUUUUAAAAACACUUGGUACGGAAGAUCUAUAGAAAUUGAAGGUCAAGUUAUGUGGCUUGAGAAGUGGACCCCGAAUUUUAGACCGGAUGUGGAUUCUCCCAUAGUGCCGGCUUGGGUGCUGCUACCCUCUCUCCCUAUACACUGUCAUUCAUGGCAUUAUGUGAAGCAAAUAGUAGACACAAUUGGUACACCUCUCUCAAUGGAUUUAGCUACUGAAAACAGGACUAGACCUAGUAUGGCUAAGGUUAGAGUGGAAAUCGAUUUGACUAGGCCAAAAAUCGACUCGGUCUGGAUUGGAGUGGAAGAUGAUGAUAGUCCAUUAAAAGGCUUCACUCAAAAAAUUGAGUAUGAGAAUGUGCCAAAGUAUUGUAGACAUUGUAAACUACUUGGGCAUUCAAUACUGCAAUGUAGACAUGCUGAAAAGAAGAAGGAAGAUGCAAAAGGAAAACAUACAGAGGUCGAAGACAAUGAGGAGUAUGGAAAGGCAAGUGAAAGCGCAAAAGGGAAAAAACACACAGCUGAAAGUAGCAAAGUCAAUGAACAGAUCGAAAGGGAGAAAGGAAAUGUAACAGACGGGAGAAACAACAGCAACAACAAGGAAAAGGCAGUGAUGGAAAAUGCAGCAGUGGAGGAGACUACCAAGGAAUACAACAAUGAAAGGGGACAGGAAGAGGAGCUGUAUGCAAAUGGAAAUGAUACGGACAGUAAGGAGAAGGAAAAGGAAAGUAUGGUAUUUAGAAUAAAUCAAAAGAAAAGGAGGAAGAAUAAAAAGCAUAAUACCAAGAAGGCUCUAAAAAAGAAGACCAAAGUCACUUUCAAGGUGAUCAAGAAUCAACAGGAAGGUUAUAAACAGCAUAGUUCAGUUGAAAAGAAGAAUGUGGAGAAGGAGACGGAUCAAGACGAAUCCCAAAACAGUGAGGAGAUUACUCCAGCAGAAGCGGAUACAGAACAAAUUGCCGACACAGCCAGUAACAACAAUGAGGAGAUUACCCCAGCUGGUCAAUCUCUGAAUGACACAGGACAGCAGUGUUAUAUCCGGCAUUUUUGCGUACUUGGGAAAAGUUGA